AUGAAAUUUUUUUCUGUUUUAUUCCUAAUACAAUUUAUAAUAUAUAUAUUUUUUUUUAAAACUGUAGUUAAAUCACUAAAUCUAAAGAUUGAUUUAGAUGAUAAAAGGUAUACAGUAUUAUAUGAUGAAAAGAAAGUAAAAUUUGCAGAUCUUGAUCUUUUAAAAAUUAUGUUCCAUCCGAAUCAUGUGAGACAUUGUAGUAAUUCUAUUAUUAAUUAUAUGAUGAAAUUAUCAUCAGGAACUUCACCAUAUAUUAUGUUUGUAGUAAAAAAUGUUAAUAUUACAUUUGAGAAACCAUUAGAAUAUAAUGAUGAUUAUAAAAUUUUUGGUGCUAUAACUAAUUAUGGUAAUACAUCAAUAAAAUUAACCGUAUUUGGUAUAGGAUCAGAAAAAAAAAACAAAUCCUAUACUAGUGCAAUCGAUUUCUUUAAUGUUAAAAAAUUAUUAUUAGAUAGCUAUACAUCUAAUAAUAAUUAUGAAGUGAAUGAAAAUAAUGAAGCCAUUCAUAAUCUUUUAAAAAAUUAUAAUGAAGAGAAAUCAGAACCAAUCAAAUUAACUCAACAAUAUGCUAAAGAAUUAGCUGAAGGAAAAACAUGUAAAAUAUAUUUCAAGGCGCAAUAUACCUUAGUUAAAAUAAGUAAAGUCGGAUCAAAAGCAUCUGUAACAGAGGAUUUUAAAAAUGAAUACCCAGCAAUCGAUGAAGAAAAAUUAAAAGAUUUAAUUAAUUCAUUUUGCUAA